CAGCGGCCGCCGUCGUUAAUGUUUGUCGGCGCAGGUCUUUGGCUCGCCCUGUUUUUUCCUUGUCGUUCGUGUGAAGUUUUUUAAUUGAAUUUUCUUCAGUAAUAUUAAAUAAAUAUAUGCGUUCUAAAAUACAUUAAAUUAUUAACAAUAGUAAAAUAUAAAUCAUUCUUAGAAUUAGUAGAUCAAAAUUAAACGGAACAACUUAAGUAAAAAAUUAAAAACACGUUUCACGAACACAACUUGCAACUCAAAAUGGCGUAAUCGCUGUAACAAAUCGUUGGAACAAAAGAUUAAAUUUCACAAAAAAGUCAAUAACGAAUUUUCUGCAGAAAUAAUAAACUGACAGGAAAAAUUGUAAUAUCCACUCCAAAAGUUUUUAUACCUAUAAAAUAUAUUUAAAACUACGUCCGUAUGAGCCUCAAGAAAAUGGAAAAUAUAUAUUUAUGAGUGAUCGCUUUUUCUUUCAUUUAUCGACGGCUGGCAUCAUAAGGUUGGCUGUAAAAGUGUAUAUAAAAAUAAAAUACAGUGGGGCAAGCUUUAAUAUUGUAUCACUGAAAAUAUUGCCCUAUGUUCGUUAGUUAAUUGGUAUGCCUGCAGAUCGUUAAAUUCUACACCAAAACCGAAAAUAUUAAAAACAGCAGCUUGAAUGGUUUAAUUAGUCCUGUCUACAAUUGCUGUGACAAUGCUCAUGAACAUAUAGAAUAUAUUUUGGAAUGAAAAAUAGUGUGUGGAAGAAACAGCAGUAAUAUAUAUAAGAGAACGAACAAAAAUUAAUACAUCCAUGCGUUUAGCCAACCUGCCUACGAUUUAUUGACAAGUAGACAACCGAGUUUUGAAUAUAUUGUUCAAAAAGUUUAAAUUAAACAUCUACAAGCAACAAACAUGUGGUACAUAGAAAAACUUAAAUGAUUUACAUAUCUCGAUGUGUAUGUUCCUUUGACGAAGAGAAAUCAUAGUGAAAUAAAUCGAGUUGAAUAUAAUUUAUUCGGAUUUCCAAGAAAUCGUUCUGACUAUUUUCUCUUGCCAACCAUACUUUCAGUUGUGGUUUGAAUUAUAAGUCUCACACCAACGAAAUAGAUAAAACUAAAGAAAAUAAAUAAAGCAACUUACAAAGAAACGCAUAAACUGUGCAUAAACUGUGCCAAACAAAUUAAAGUUUAAUUUGAAGUCCUACCACUAAAAAAUAUUACCAUUAGAUUAUCAAUAUAAGAAAAUUUAUAAAACAAUAAUAGAACCACACGAUUCCAAAAAUUCACAAGGUUUACUUUUCCCAUAGAGAUCAGGGAAUUCGGAAUAUACAUUUAAGAAAAGAAUAAUUAAACAAUAUACCUCGCGUUAGCAAAAUUCCAAAUGAAAACAUUACUUUUAAGUUCGGACGAUAUUCAAAACUUUAGGAAACUUAUUUACGAUCCAAAAGUGGCGAAUUUGGGAACCUCCAGCACGGAGGACGCUAGUUUGAUGGCGUUACAGUACUAUCUCAAGCAUCCCGGAAAUUACACUAGCUCGGCUCCAUCGACAGCAGCAAUAACAACAUCACAGGUUCAAGUGCAGCGAUCUUCACAGCAACAACAGUCAACUUUUCCGACGACCGUCACCACAAACCACAGUGUUACCACUCCACAACAACAACCCAGUGUUGUCGUUACAAGUAGCAGCAACAGCAACGGUGUUAGUGCCCAAGCUCACGCUCACGGCCACCAUCAUUUACUAGCUCAAUCACAGACACAACUGAAACAAUUGCAGUUGAAACAGCCAACAAUACAUCAGCACCAUCAACAUGCUGCCAGCUUCCAUCAUCCAUACUAUCAACAGCAUACAUCGUCAACUCCCGCACAUACGACAACUCAUGCCACCCACGGCCACAGUUCCCACAGCACUGCCCACAGCCAUAGCUACAGCCACUCGGUGCCUGUGCACGCACUCAAUCAGAACUCAAACUUCUCAGCAGCAAGCAGUAGCACUGGAGGAGGGACAGCAUCUAGUCACGCUCCCACUCAACAGUCAAAUACAACAGGUUCCAGUCUAUCUCCACCUGGAACGACAGCCAGCGCCCGUACUACACCCGCCAGUGGAUCCAGCAGCUCAGGUGCAUCGACUAACAGUACUGGCGGGACCAAUGGUCGAGCAAGCGCUGUUAGCGGAGCAAAGAAACUGAAAACAGAACCUGUUUUGUCACAAUUUCACCAAACAGAACGCCUGUCAUUUGCCAAUGCCCAGGUGACUUGGACUGAGGAUCACUGGAGACGUGUUGUCUUCCAGGACGAAAGAAAAUUCAACUUGGAUGGUCCUGAUGGAUUUUCUUAUUAUUUUCACGAUUUGCGCAACUAUGAACGAACGCUGUCGCAAAGGCCCCGCGGCAACUCUGUGUACAUAUAUCUAGUGAUAACGGCUGGCGGCCCCAUUCAUUUAGAAGUUUCGACUGCAAAAUUAAAAACAGAAACGUGUGUUGAGACCAUUCUAAGGGAACGAGCUAAUAUUGUAGCUAAAUUAGGAGGUAAUGCCGAUUUUUUCCUACAAGAUCACAAUUGGACCACAAAUGCAUUGCCCUCUGUUCAGGAGUGGCUUAAUGCUGAGGGUAUUAAAACCCAAAAGUGGCCAACGGUAGCGCACGAUCUAAAUAUAAUGGAGGGUAUAUGGGGCUGGCUUAUACGAGAAGUAUUCGAUGGAGGUCGGAAAUUUUCGCGUAAAGACGAUUUGAUAUUUCGUAUACGCGAAGCGUGGUCUCGACUGCCAAUGGAAUUGAUAAGUAAUUUGUAUACAACGCUGCCAGAACGAAUGACACAACUUUACUGUACCCGCGGUGCUUACACAAACUGUUGACAGCCGCUGGUGGUUGAAAGGUUUAUCGACAUCAUUACUAACAUUAUCAUCAUCGUAAUCCUGUGCAGUAUGCUGGCUUUCUUAAGAAAAUAUAUUCUUGUAAAUAUCAAAUACACAACAAACAAAAAAAAUGAAAUUAAAAAAUCUAAUAAUAAACAAACACAUGAAUAAGGGCGGGCCAUAUGAAAAAUAUUUCAAUAUAAUAAAACUAACAAUUUCAUAAUUAAUCCAUAAGUAAUAGUUAAAAUAGCAAUAUAAGAAUGUUUCGCUAUUGAAUGAAGUGAUAAAUGAACAAAUUUACAGUUCGUUCGUGGCGAAAAGCGCGCUUCGAAUCGCUUGUGGGUGUUUUACACAUACACCCACAUACACACUCACUACAUAUUUUGAUCAUCUCAAACUCCUUUGCAUACAAACACAAAAUACUUACAUCAUACUAACUCUUAAACUUAAUCUUAAUCAUACUUUCCGAAUGAAUGAAUAAAUAGCUUUAAGAUGUGCAACAAAAUAUACAUUUCAAUUUUGUGGUACCAACAAUGGAUGAUUCAAUUAUGUAAUGAAAUAACUCAAAACCCUCAAUUGAUGUUGUAAAAACUGAAAUAAAUAAGUUUUCUCAAUACAUUUUGUUAAAAUUAAUUAGCAAUUUUACAUCCUUCUUAUUUAUAUUCCUUUCUCUUUAAUCGCUUCACUUUACUUUCCCUCUCUUCUCUUCUUCCCUCUUUUUAUACACCCUUCCUUCAUUUUUCUACCAAUUUCAAGUGAAUUAUAAAAUAUAUUAGUAUUUUAAUAGUUUAAUUUCUAGUUUAUUAUUUAAGUAGGAAACCAACCACCCUUUUCCAAAUACAUUUUGUAGCUUGUUUUUCCAAUUUUAUCAUUAUUAUUUUUUAUUAUUAUAUUUACUAUUAUUUAAAUUUUUGUAUAACUUAUUUUUUUUGUUUUCAAAUUGUUUUUGUUUUUGGUUGCAUUACAACAACAAUUACUACUACUACUACUAAACGAACAAAAUUAUUAAUCUAUAUAUAAAUAUAUGAAUAAAUUGAAGUAACUAAAGUAUUAAAAAACAAUUAUAACAGAAAAUUUAAAACAAAGAGAAUUUUUGUAGGUAUGAAAACAAUGAGCUAGAGAAAAUAAUAAAACUUUAAUAUUAAUUAUUAAAACACAAAAA